AUGGCACAAGCCCCCCAUGAACUGUCAUUACAGAAGAAAUAUCUAAGACCCGUCUGGACGUUCAUCUGGGUCAAUUUCUCAUUGAGCGUGAAGGCUGUUUAUCAGCCCAUCAUGGAGUAUUUCGACUUCGAAGGCGCCUCAUCCGCGCACGAAUCAAAUCACCAAAGCGACGAUGUCGCCUCGGUUGAUCUUGAAUUUGACGAAGCCGAGGAGCGGGCGGCCAAUUUUGACUCGCUGUGCAAGGACCAGCCGUUAGAUUUCCUCCAUGACCCCGGCCCCGGAGGCGGCUGA